AUGCAAGAAUAUAUUCAAGACGCCAUGACUUACGUACGCGCAUACGGCCGACCAGAUCUUUUUAUCACAUUUACGUGUAAUCCAAGGUGGGAAGAAAUUAAAAAUUUGCUGUUAUCAGGUCAAACAUCGAUGCAUCGCCAUGAUAUCAUUGCACGUGUGUUCAAACAAAAAUUGAAAUCUCUGAUGAAAUUGAUUACACAUCACUCGGUAUUUGGUGAAACACGAUGUUGGCUUUAUUCUGUUGAAUGGCAAAAACGAGGUUUACCUCAUGCGCAUAUUUUGAUUUGGUUGGUGGACAAAGUACGUCCAGAAGAAAUUGACAAAAUUAUUUCAGCGGAAAUUCCAAAUCCGAAUGUUGAUCAAGAAUUGUUUGACAUUGUGACUACUAAUAUGAUCCAUGAUCCAUGUGGUUUUCUCAACAUGAUGUCACCAUGUAUGGAUAAUAAAAAAUUUACGAAACGUUUUCCUAAACCAUGUCAAACUGACCCUAUCACCAAUAUCGAUGGUUAUCCAUCUUACCGUCGUAGAGAUGUAGACAAUGGCGGCCAAACAUAUGAAUUGCGUCUAUCAAACGGUGUAAGAGUUGACAUCGAUAAUCGCUGGGUGGUUCCAUACUCACCAUUGCUGUGCAAAACCUAUAAAGCACACAUAAACGUUGAGUUAUGCAGUUCGGUGAAGUUUAUCAAGUACAUUUGUAAGUACGUUUAUAAGGGCAGUGAUAAAGCUAUAUUUUCUGUUCAAAAUGUAAAUAAGAAUGACGAAAUAACACAUUAUCAAAUGGGACGAUACAUAAAUAGUAAUGAAGCUAUUUGGUGA